AUGGCAGAAGAACGAGCCUCAAAGCGUACCAAGUCAGCCAAUAGCAUGGUCUCGUCAGGUGAUGAGCUCCCACCGCCUGGUAGUAGUUCCCGUACGGGACUUGCGUGUGAGGCUUGCAGACUCAGGAAGACUCGCUGCGUCGGCUUUCCCACCUGCUCUUGGUGCCAGCGCCGUCGCCAAUCUUGCAUCCGAGGCCAGAACAGUCAGACGAGCCCAUUGGACGAUUGGGGCAAUCAGAUACUUGGUGCUAUAUCAAGGGCCAGGGAUGAAAUUCUCGGUGCAUCAAUCCAAUUCAAUGCUGAUCGGCCGCUCAACCAUACCUCGGUUACGCUGCCGGAUAACGAACACGGUACUUGGCUUCGUACCCAUAGAGGCCAGGGAUGCUUCGCUCCGAUGUCGAGCGCCGAGAACAUUUUACAGUGGGAUGUUUUGCGAGAUCAGCUUCCGAGCUCAGCCCAAUCCCCAAUCAACGCCACGGACCCGUACGAACCUGACAGGUCCACCAGUUCCAAGGCUAGUGCCGAUACGUCUUCUGCCAAACUCCGAGCUCUGCAGCAGCGCUUCGAGACUCAGUUCCUGGCUCGGUAUCCCAUCAUCAGCAGACCUUGGUUUACUCGCUGCGUCCGCAAUGUAGCAGAGAGCGACGGAGAUUGGAGUGCUGAAACAUGUCUCGUCUUUCUGGCUUGUGCUAUCGCAUCCUUAUGCGACUGCUCUGAUCACGAUGCCUUGACGCCUCAAACCACCUCCAUGAGUCCAGCAUCUACUGUCUCAGGCUCAUGUAUGCCUAACUCGCGCCGGCCUGCGUAUCAGUAUUGGACUAUGGCAAAGCGGAGACUCGGCUGGGCCCUUGACGAGCCUGCGGGUCUGCUCUCCGCCCAAUGUCUGUGCCUAGCUGGGUUCUGGCAUCUGCUGAACUUCGCGCCACGAAGGGCUCGCAACAUGUUUUAUCGUGCUAUUGAGAGUAUGAGGGAUAUGACAUUUCCAAGCUUACCGGAUAUUGAGAGGCAUCUGGCACGAUUCAUUCAUGUCCUCUGUGCCGACCUGCUCGAGUAG